GGGACGUGGCCUGGGGAUUCAGGCCGCGAGGCUCCGAGGCUCCUUCGAGACUGCGGCCAGAGCGCUGCCCCCGCUCUGCACUUUGGGGGCAGAAAGUUGAUUCAGAUACCGUCCCAGCCCAGAGCUGUUCUAUAGGAACAGAAUUCAAGCCACCUAAUAGCUGUGCUAAAAAGGCGGGAGGAAGAAAUCGGUUUUAGUGCCACGUCUUUUUUAACCCAUUCCAUGCAAACUAUUAUCAUCCCUGUACGCAUGUAAAGAAAUGACUGAGCUGCUCCACGCACUGAUCUUGGAACCUGCUGUGGAUUUGACGCCUACAGGACCACCUCCUCCCUGUCCCGGCCACAGCCGUCUGGACACAUCAAGCACGGACAUGUUUUCUGAGCAGGCUGCCCAGAGGGCCCACACUCUGCUGUCCCCACCAUCAGCCAGCAACGCUACCUUUGCCCGGCUGCCCGUGGUGACUUACACCAACUCCUCGCAGCCCUUCCGGCUGGGGGAGCGCAACUUUAGCCGGCAGUAUGCCCACAUUUAUGCCACCCGCCUCAUCCAGAUGAGGCCCUUCCUGGUGAACCGGGCCCAGCAGCGCUGGGGCAGUGGAGUCCUAAUUAAGAAGCUGGGUGAGCUGCAGCCUGGGGAGAAGUGCUGUGUGGUAGGGACCCUCUUCAAGGCCAUGCUGCUCCAGCCCUCCAUCCUGCGGGAGGUCAGCGAAGAGCACAACCUGCUCCCCCAGCCUCCUCGGAGCAAAUACAUCCAUGCAGACGAUGAACUGAUCUUGGAAGAUGAAUUGCAGCGUAUCAAACUGGCGGGCACCAUCGACGUGGCAAAGCUGGUCACAGGGACAGUCCUGGCCGUGCUGGGCUCUGCAGGAGACGACGGGAAGUUCCUGGUGGAGGACCACUGCUUUGCAGGGCUUGCUCCCCAGAAGCCCACACGCCCCCUCGACACGGACAGGUUUGUGCUGCUGGUGUCCGGCCUGGGCCUGGGUGGAGGCGGGGGCGAGAGCCUGCUGGGCACCCAGCUGCUGGUGGACGUGGUGACGGGGCAACUUGGGGAUGAAGGAGAGCAGUGCAGCGCCGCCCGCGUCUCCCGGGUCAUCCUCGCCGGAAACCUCCUGAGCCACAACACCCAGAGCAGAGAUUCCAUCAAUAAGGCCAAGUACUUAACCAAGAAAACCCAGGCAGCCAGCGUGGAGGCUGUCAAGAUGCUGGACGAGAUCCUCCUGCAGCUGAGCGCCUCCGUGCCCGUGGACGUGAUGCCAGGCGAAUUUGACCCAACAAACUACACGCUCCCCCAGCAGCCCCUGCACCCCUGCAUGUUCCCACUGGCCACUGCCUACUCCACGCUCCAGCUGGUCACCAACCCCUACCAGGCCACCAUCGACGGAGUCAGAUUCCUGGGGACGUCGGGACAGAACGUGAGUGACAUCUUCCGGUACAGCAGCAUGGAGGACCACUUGGAGAUCCUGGAGUGGACCCUGCAAGCCCGUCACAUCAGCCCUACAGCCCCUGACACCCUAGGUUGUUACCCUUUCUAUAACACCGACCCGUUCAUCUUUCUGGAAUGCCCUCACGUCUACUUUUGUGGCAACACCCUCAGCUUUGGCUCCAAAAUCAUCCAAGGCCUCACCCAGAACCUAAGGUGCGCUCCCACGUGGCUUCUGUGCAGGCCCCGAGGACCAGACAGUGUUGCUGGUGGCUGUUCCGGACUUCAGCACCACACAGACCGCCUGCCUUGUGAACCUGCGCAGCCUGGUAUGCCAGCCCAUCAGCUUCUCAGGCUUCGGGGCAGAGGAGGAGGACCUGGGAGGCCUGGAUCUGGGCCCCUGACUCACAAAGGCGGCCUUGUCCAGAGAGGCCCCGGCUAUUCCUUCCCUGUGGCGUCAGCACCAUGGUAGCUUUUCCUUUGUAAAUAAAGCCUGAGUGUUUACUGGUGUUGAGCUGGGCAGACCCGGUGGCGGCCAGGGCACUCCUGUGCAGGGAGCCUCCCUCCUCCUCCCCUCUCCCAGC